CUGAAAACUCCUUCAAGUGAGUCAUUACAGCUUCCUUUCAUACUUUCCUAAGACACACCUCCUCAGGUGGGAACUUUAUUUUACACAAUGAGGCACUGCAGCGGCUCCUUCAGACUACAAGCUACGGUGAGGGCUGAGUCACCCGAAGCAUGAGAAUGAUUUCUACAACGGUGAUGAGAGGUCGGAUGUCGUCCAGGAUCGUCUCCCUCUCUCUACUCCUGGGUGCACUCCUGUCUUUUGCUUUUUGGAAAAUCAAUUUUAAAAGAGAGUCAUCCUCUGAUCUCAAAAUACCGCAUCAGUUCUCUGUUGACCUGCCUGGCUGUUUGGCUAUCAUCACUGGAAAAGUAAUGGGCAAGGAAACGGACUUAGAAGGGCUUCUAGCUGCCAGGAGGAAGCAGAAUAUUCUUUCUGAGGACUUCUACCUCAAUGUGACGAAGGACUGCCCUGCUUUUAUUAAAAGAAGAGGUUUCAUUUCAGUGCCUCUUAGUGAGGAGGAGAAUGAUUUCCCCAUCGCCUACUCCAUGGUGAUCCAUGAGAAGAUCGAGAUGUUCGAGCGACUCCUGCGAGCUGUUUACGCUCCUCAGAAUAUCUACUGCGUGCAUGUAGACCAGAAAUCCUCUCCGGACUUUCAGAGUGCCGUGAAAGCCAUCGUUUCCUGCUUUCCAAAUGUAUUCAUAGCCAGUAAGUUAGAAAGAGUUGUAUACGCCUCAUGGUCCAGAGUACAGGCAGAUCUGAACUGCAUGAGCGAUCUGCUGGACUCUCCUGUCCCUUGGAAGUACCUGCUCAACACCUGUGGGACAGACUUCCCCGUCAAAACGAACAGAGAGAUGGUGAUGACGCUGAAGGCCCUCAAUGGUAGAAACAGCAUGGAAACUGAAGCCACCAACGGCUACAAGAAAGGUCGCUGGCAGUACCAUCACAAUGUCACGGACUCGGUCACCCGGACGGAUGUGAAGAAGAGUCCUCCGCCCAUCUCAAGUCCCAUGUUCUCAGGUAAUGCCUACAUUGUGGCGUCAAGAGCCUUCGUGGAGCAUGUGAAGCAGGACAAAGAGGUGCAGACUCUAAUGGAGUGGGAGAAGGACACAUACAGCCCCGACGAGCAUUUGUGGGCCACUCUGCAGAGGAUGCCCUCUGUUCCUGGAUCGGUGCCUGCUAACGGCAAGUUUGACGUGCCAGACAUGCAGGCCUUUGCCCGCGCGGUGAAGUGGUCUUACUUAGAAGGAGACGUUAACAAAGGAGCCCCCUACAACCCGUGCACGGGGACCCACAGGAGGGCCGUCUGCGUGUAUGGAGCUGGGGACCUCUUGUGGCUCCUCAGGCAACAGCACCUCUUUGCAAACAAGUUUGAUCCAGAAGUCGAUGACGUUGCCAUCAGGUGCUUAGAGUCAGUUCUGCGCUUUAAAGCUUUAAGCCAUGGUGCCAAGUCAAGAGGUUCAAAUUUUAGGAACCAAGUUAAUCCAGUAGAAAAGGCCUUCUUCUGAGACGCCUCACUGUUAUACGCAUACAUAUUUACAGGACUGUGUCAGAAAAUUAGAAUAUUGUGAUAAAGUUCUUUAUUUUCUGUAAUGCAAUUAAAAAAACAAAAAUGCCAUACAUUCUGGAUUCA